AUGGAUGAGAAGCAAAUCAGAUUUCCCUCUCCUUUACUCACUCUUAUAAUUUAUUUCUUCCUUCUCCCUUUCGUUCUUUCACAGUGUAAUAGAAAUCCAGUUAUUUUCAACUUUGGCGACUCAAACUCUGAUACUGGGGGGUAUGCCGUUGCACAUGGAUUAAACCUUGGAGAUCCAGAUGCACGUACCUUCUUCCAUCAACCAACUGGCCGCUUAUGUGAUGGAAGAUUAAUUAUCGAUUUCCUAUGUGAAAGUCUGAAUACCAAUUAUUUGACUCCUUAUCUUGAGUCACUGGCACCCAAUUUUACAACUGGAGCUAACUUUGCAAUAUGUGGCUCAUCGACGCUCCCUAGAUCUGUUCCUUUCAGCUUACAUAUUCAAUUCAGUGAGUUCAAACGUUUCCAGAACCGCUCCUUGGAGCUAGGAUCUAAAGGUUUCAAAAACUUAGUUGGGGAGAAGGACUUCAAGAAUGCAAUUUACACUAUCGACAUUGGGCAAAAUGAUCUGGCAAAUGCCUUUACCUACCUUUCAUACGCUGAUGUUGUUAAAAAGAUACCUUCCUUCAUUUCUGAAAUUAGAGAAGUUAUGCUGGGGAUAUAUGAAGUUGGUGGGAGGAAUUUCUGGGUGCAUAAUACGGGGCCACUGGGCUGUUUGCCUGAAAAACUUGCCACUAGAAACACCAAUGCCAACGAUUUCGAUGAAUAUGGAUGCAUUAAGUCUCUUAAUGAAGCUGCAAAAGCGUAUAACAUGAUGCUAAAUGCUGUGUGUGAACAGCUACGAUCGCAAACAAAAGGCGCCACUAUUGUCUAUGUGGAUAUCUACUCUAUCAAGUAUAAUCUCAUUUCCAGUUCUGCCUCAUACAGUUUUGAGAAUCCUUUGAUGGCAUGUUGUGGUUAUGGUGGAGUGCCGUACAACUACAAUGCCAACAUUACAUGCCGGAGCAGUGGAUUCAGCGUAUGUGAGGAAGGGAGUCGUUAUGUAAGCUGGGAUGGAAUUCAUUACACAGAAGCUGCCAAUGCAAUUGUUGCCUCCAAAAUACUCUCCACUCAUUAUUCUACUCCUCCCUUGAACUUUAACUACUUCUGCAGCGCUUGAGGCUUACUGUCCUUCUGUUGUCUAUUUAAAUGCGCAAAAUAUAUUAUUAUUAACUUUGAUCAUUUCUUUCCAUCCUACGUAACUCCUUUAUAAUUAUACUCUCGGAACUGCAGCCCCCUUUCUACUCAAUCCACAUGGACAAGAUACAAGAAUGAUGCCAAGAACAGAAUUUGCAUCCCACAAGAACUCAAGUUAUCUUCAGUCAAAAAUAAAUAAAACUAGAGUAAAAAAAAAAAAAAAUUCAAAGUCAGCAAUAGAUUUGUACAUUUGUUGAUUUAUUCAAAUAUAACGUUGGAGUUUGGGAAGAAGUGAUGAAGGCUUGGUUAAGACCCUAGUUAGUAGGUGGUGUAAAUGGAAUUCAUGGGCGUCAAAUUUCAGUUAUGAAUCCAUUGACUCGAUACAAAAUUUACAGCA